GAUAAGUUUAAAACAAGUAAUAUGAUGUAAACCAAGCUGAGUAUUAACAAACAACAGUCACGUCGAGUGUUUUGUAGCAAAAAAAAAAUGGUUUCGUACGUGGUAUCGCGAGUUAUCAUGUGAGUAUACUGGCGCGGCAAUUUCGAUAUUAUUUCCCUUCAAAAUAAAUGACAAUUUUGUUUCGUUCGUUUCUUACAGGCUCGUUUUUGGAACCCUGUAUCCCGCUUAUUCAUCGUACAAGGCUAUGAAGACGAAGAAUGUCCGAGAAUACGUAAGUGUUUUCUUUCUUUUCCUCCGAGAUUUGGAUGGAAUAUCGUUCGAUCGAUAAAAUCUUUUUGUUUGAUAUGUUUCUUGGCUUGAGAUCUAUCCAAGUAUUUUCUGUUCAAUUUUUGAAAAGCUACUGAGAACACAAGAUUUAAGUUUAGGAGAAUGUUUUUUCGUCAGUCUUAAUUUGCAUCUCAGCUCAAGAUUGAGUGGCGUUCGGUAAUAGUUCAAGUGUUGAUGGUUGAUAUGAAACCAGCAAAACAGGCUGGAAAGUACACUUGUGUUUUCACUCUAGCUUGUUAACUGAGUUACUAAUCUAGCAGCUGAAAAUCGCCUUUUUUCUUAAUACGUAAGUAUAUCUUCAGAUACAACGAUCCUGCCAACUCGACCUCGCUUCUACAUGUACCUUUUUCAUUCGCAUGUUUUAAAUCUGUUCGUAUUGCGAGCUCUGUGAACAUGUUUAUAAAUUAGGGUUCACUGACCGAGUUCAAUGCAAGUCUAAGCUUAUUCAUGCAGAAAUCUUUAAAUCUGUCGAAAUUUGUUAUGCGUUAACUGUAUCUUUAAUCAAGGAGGAUGAUGGAGUUCGACAGCCAGGUUUUCCUUUUUCGUAAGUAAGUUAACGGGAUAUUCAAAUUAUAUUUUCUUUUACACGCUCCAACGUACGUGCAAAUAUUUUUAUUAUCAAAGCCUGUUUUCCUGUUAGGCUAAAACUGAACUUUUUUUGAGUUAGAGGUCUCAGUUUUUUUUUGCCUAAACAUCAACAGAUGCAAGGCUAAUAAAAAUAAUCAAUUUCCAGCUGUAACAGACACUUUACUCAAUUAGUUGUACCUUUCAUCUUAGGCAAUUUCAAUUUAUUAUUUUCCAGUUACAAGUUUGUGCCAUAAUGUGUUAAUUGAAGGCUGUCGUUACCUUAUUUAUUCUAAAACAUGCUGUUUGUGUUGUCGAAAAUUAUGGCCAGGAGGUUUCAUAUUUGUUGCAGAUUUUAGCUCUGAAAAAUUUUUAUAUCUACGUGGGCAAGCUGCAUAAUUUGGAAGCCAUGGUGCAACAUGGAAUCAUCUAACAGUGCAUUAUGUUUGUUUGUACAAGAAUUUGCAUAUCACAGACUUUGCCCUUUUUUGCUUCAAUUAACUUCCCUACCAAAGGAAUAUUUUUCAUCCACCAAAUAAAAUAAAAAGCCUUCCACACCAUAACAUUUACAAAGUAUAGAAUAGUCAAGAACUAACAGGUUUUUUCUAGGUUCUUACUGAUCUUCUGAACAUCAUUAUGACUUGCAAACAGCAAUAUUGAUAGAGGAUUCAAAUUCCUUAGUCUCAUCCUUUUCUGGCUGUGUACAUAAAGGAUUAACAGUGUUUUUGUGUGUACUUGUGCAAUUAAUUGUAGCCAGCAUUUAUCUACCUGUUAGCUGCUUAGCUAACCUUCAUCUAUUAUGAUGCGAUCCAAAACAGAUUUUGGUCAAGGGUUUGAAUAAAUUAGCUGAGAUAUUCGUAGCAUGACAUCUCUAGUCCGGAUGAUAACUUUAAACAUAACAAAGUUAUAUUUGCAUAAUGUUUUGUAACAAAAGUUUUCUGAACAUUACAGCUAGUCUGUUGGUUUCUACUCUAAUGCGUGUUCUAUGCUCUUGAGACCCUUUUACUGCUUGAAGAAACCAAAACUUCAGCCCUUUGACCACUGUAUUUGCUGCUUGAGUGAUUUUGAAACAUUGCUUUUAAUUUAGACUAGGAGGUAAAUUAAUGUUUGCUGUGGAAACAAAGCAAAAAAAAGAGAAAAUGUGUGUAUGCAAAAUUGUGUUCUAAGAGAACAAGUUUUAUUGCUUGCAAAUAGCAAGUGUCACUGAAAUUUUAUCUGAGUCACUUACCUUAAAAUGGUCUUCAUUUUUCUAGUUUUCAAUAUUAUGAGAUAUAAAAUACUAAUUCAAGCAAAGGUGUACAUGUUUGCUGGGUCUACAUGUUAAUAUAUUACUAUGUACUAAAAGACGUGAUGUCUAGGUAACUCAGAAUUAAAAGUUUAAAGUGAAGAUAAGAGAAGUGACUGUUCUGCCUAGAUAAACUAAUGCUACCUGCUGACCAGACUCUUGUGUGUUUUAUUAAUUUUUUGCAAAUAAUUUUCUAACUAGAAAUAUGUGUAUUGCUGAACUUCGCUAAGGAGGAGGAGCGAGGCUGGUAAAAUGUCUGGGAUGGGAGGGCGGGAGCGCCAACAGAGUAAAUUGUGUAGGGGGUGUCAACAGCGGCUCUAAUAUUGGAAUCUGAGAUAUACUUAAUCUCCUUUUGGUUAACAUGAUUUCAAAUCCAGUGCCCUGGCUUUAAAAAGCCCUUCAUGAUAGUGCGCCAGAAGUCGAAAGUUGCUUUAGGAACACAAAAUGUUCCAUGAUAUCAGACUUGAUGAUGUCAAGGCAGACUGUAGUGGGAAUGUUGAUUUUUAUAGAGUGUAUAUAUGGGCCACCCAAGUUCGCAGUCCGCUACGACCCGCACACUGAAUGCAUGUGCAACCUUUGAUAUGCAAGGAAUUAGUUAAGCUUAGUUGGCCCAUUCACCGCUAGACUUUGACAAGGUCCUUCCUGGACACGCAGUUUUCUUGUCACAUGUAAAGGAUUUCUCUCGUUCACAGCAUGCCAAUGUUAGUGACCCAAAAAUGGUUGCUAAUAAUUAUUGCAGCCUUAGCCAAUCACAUUCAGUGAUGCUAACAAAUAAAUUCACAAUAAUUAAAUUCACAUUUGAAAAGGAAAAAAAGCAACUUCAGUUUAUUCUUUGUGUCUACAAUAUGAUGAUUGGAUGAUCUUAGAAGUAUGGAGAAAAUUACCUGAGAAAACGCUUUUCAAUAAAAGAAAAAGAAAGCCGCAGAUUACAAUAAAAUAAUUUAACCUCAGGUUAGUGCUAAUCAGCUUUCGAACGACUGGGCCCUGGGGCUUCAAGAACCCGAAAUGGUUUUGGUAGCUGCUAUAGAUAUAUACUAGAAUGGUUAACAAACUAUUCUUGCCCACAGGCAAAUUGUGAUGAUAAUGCACUAGCUCUAUGGCUGUUCUGCUAACACUGGGCUGCAGGACACUGAGUAACUUGUCUAACUGCAUUCUAAGUGAUUUAUGAAAUCUACUCCAUGUAUAGUGACCAUAAAAAUAUUGUCUGAUUUUAAGAGUAAGAGGAGUAAGUAAGAGCCAUUUAAUUAUACCCAUGCAGGAUGAAGUGGUUAACAUUCAUUUGAUGGACUUUUUGAACUUAAAUAUUUUGUUUCUUUUUAUUUCCAGGUUAGAUGGAUGAUGUACUGGAUAGUUUUUGCCCUUUUUAUUACUGUAGAACUCUUUGCUGACCUUCUACUAGCAUUUUGGUGAGUUCACAAGUUUUAAAUAAUACUUUGACAGGGCAGGGCUUUCCGAAAAACUGCCAUGAAAUUCUACAUCCUAAACUGGUUAUAUUAUAAAAAUCAUCUUCUGUACAGUAGUGAUUGGAUUUAACUUGUUGGAUCGAUCCCUACAAUGUAUAUGGUUCAUGUAGUGUUCCCUUCAAACAGAGUCUACUUUUCCACGGUUUAAGCGUGGUCUGAAAUAAAGCUGACAGGCUGACUCAUCCAAAGAAAGCAGAUUUUUGGAUCACUGCAACUUGUAGAACACUUUCGGUUAAAUGUUUUCCCUAAUUCUCUGCAGACAAAGUAAUAUCUAUUGCUUUUUAAUAUGUACUUUAUGUUUUUAUUAAUUUUUGUGCUGGUUACUAAAUACACCUUAGAGUUUAUUGCUAGAAUUUUGUUUUGAUUUUUUUGAAGGGUUCAUUCUUAGGCUUGAUAAUAUUAUUCGUAUCACUUUCAGGUUUCCUUUUUAUUAUGAACUCAAGAUAAUAUUCAUGCUUUGGCUUUUGUUGCCAGCAACAAAGGUAAUCAAAUUUGUUUUGAUAAUUUCUUGAAUUAUGAAAGGUAUAAGAUUUGAUCCAUCAUGCAGGAACAUGUGCUGGGAAAAGUGUGUAAUCUUGCAGGCUAAUUAAAACGUCUCUUUCCCUGUUUUUGUUAUUUUUUGUCUCAAGUAGGUACUUAUCUCUACUAUAUGCUUUCGUUUGAUUCAAAUCAUAUUGCAUAACUCUUUGACAUAACUACAGUCGAACCUCCCUGUUUGACCACCUCUCAUAAGCAACCACCUAUCCAAAACACCAAAUAUUUUCCCAGUCAGAUCCUUAUAGUUGAAACCUCCAGUAAAUGGCGACUACUUGUAAGCAAUCAAUAAACCUUUUUACCAAUGUGGCGGCCAUAUUGAAUUAAUUCAAUUUAAGGAGUUUUAUAGGAUGCCCAGGGGGCAUGAGCACAUUUCGUUUGUAUUUUUGAGCGCUUUUCGGGACAUUUUUUCUUAAAGUUUUCUUAGAAUAAGAUUCUAAUGGGAAAAAAGAUCCUUGUGCCAUGUUUGGAUGUAAUAAUGAUCGCCUUUUUCCCGAGAAAUAUACAGUGAAAGACCAUAUUUCUAAUACUAAACUGGAAAAAGGCGAUCAUUACCAUCCAAACACGGCACAAGGGUCUUUUUUCCCAUUACAAUCUUAUUCUAAGAAAACUGUAGGAAAAAAUGUCCUGAAAAGCGCUCGAAAAUACAAACGAAAUGUGCUCAUGCCCCCUGGGCAUCCUAUAAUACUCCUUAAAUUCAAUUAAUUCAGUAUGGCCUCUGUAUUGGUAAAAAGGUCUAAUGGCCCACUUUUUAUCAUGACAGUUUUAGAAUUUUUUAUUGUUUUUAACCUCUUCAAAGUGACCAUCAAAAUGUUCUCAUCUCUGUGUUUACUACAUAUACUACGCUUAUCAGAGUAUGAGAAAAAAUCGCCUGUCUUUUUAACAAAUCUUUACCUUAAUUUUUACUUUAGGGAUCAAGCAUUUUGUACCGCAAAUUUGUCCAUCCAUGGCUGUCAAAGAAUGAGAAGGUACAAAUUUGAGAUAAGAAUAUUGUAAUAUGAGAUAAGAUUAUUAUAAUAUUUUUAACAGUGAUUUAUUGUCUUUUUUGACUUUGGUCAAUGUUUAAUAUAGAGUGACAUUGUUCUGCAUGUUUUUUUUUCCAAUCAAAAAUUCCUUUUUUUAGCUGAAGUACUUAUUUUGCAAAUGUACCCAUUGGCCCCGGAAAUUUUGCUGAAAAACGUGUUUUGAAGCUAGUCGAGUUGUUUUUGUGGUCACUGUUGUGCUAAAAAGAGCUAAAACUUACCAUAAAGCUAUUUACAGGUCGUACACUUCGCGGCCUUCUGAUCCAGAUGCAAAAAAUUAGCUUGCGAAGUUUGGGCAUGCUCAGAAAGCAAAAUUUCGAGUAGUUUUUGGAUUUAAAAGUGACACAGCAGUCUUCACGUUUACUUUCGACCUGCUCUCCUCCUCUCUUUUUUUUCGCUUUUCUUGCUUCAUUUUUGUUCUUUUGCUGGGCAUUUAGUAGGCUUCAUUUUGGUGGGAAAUUUUUUUAGGAAAGGGUUUAGGAUCUUAGAAUUAGAAGAAAGGAAAGGUAGGCGAGUAGUGGAACAAGAUUUUCAUGGAAAUUUUGAGGUCAAUGUUACAUGGUUUUUUACCUUUAUCUCCAGUGUCCUUGACUGAAUUGAGCUCAUUCUUCUCUUUGCUCAACCUUUGAAUUUCUGUGCAAUUCACAGGAUAUUGACAGCUAUAUUGAGCAGCUAAAAGAAAGUGGGUAUGACACCGUCCUAAGGGUCAGCAAAAAUAGCCUAUCCAUAGCUGCAGACACCAUGAUAAAGACUGCUGCCACGGUAAUCAUAUUCUUUUGCUUUUGCUUUGCUACUGUCAGUAGAUCAAAAAAAUGUGUCUUUUGUUCACAGGGCGGGCUUUGAUUUCUUCAUUAAUUUGUCUCCAUAAAAUGCUUUUUGUGACUUUGAUCAAGUAUGUUUCUAGGGUAACAUAAAGGAACCUUUUAGGUAACCCUCACAUUGUGGGUAGUCUAAAUUUAUUAACAUGCAUUGAAUGAAAUUUCCAUGUCAAUCUAGGGCCAGACUGUUCUGGCGGAGAAAUUGCGCCACUAUGGUACAGAUGCCACUGACAAUAAAAGAGGUGCAAGACUUCACAAAGCCAAAUCAUGGUAUGGUGGAAUGAAUACCACAGACAAUGACUACAUGCCAAUUGACGAAUCUGAAGAAUACAGCCUGAUAGAAGAAAGAGAAGAAGAGGAAGAAGAAGAGUCUGUAAAUCCUGAUGUGGAGAGGUACACUUUUCUGCUUAAUAGUCAUUUAAUUCUUGCAGUAGGAUCCAGGUAAACUGUCCCCUUAUGUUAAUGGAAACGGCCAUUAUACACUCAGGCAAUUCCUUAAAAACUCAUGGGCUCCUAAAGUCGGGCCCUCAGCCAUUUUUCAGUCACAUAGACUCUCUAUAAGGUGAACAUGUAUGCUCUGCACUGUGCUAAAAUUUUGAAUGAACUUAGCACUUAACUUUUUGCACACAUUAAUGAAUUACUGUUACAGUACAAUUUUUUCAAAAUUGUUAGACGAGGAAAGUCCUUGUUCUGGGGUAAAAACUAUUGUUACAGUCAUCUCUUUAAGCAGUAUCAUUAUUAAUUUUCACAAGUUGACAAAUGUUAUUGUUGUCUUAGUGCAAAGCUGAAUGAAGAAUUAAGAGAACAUCCAAAAGAGACUAAAACUCAAACAACCAAGCGGGCACGAGGAUCAAGUAACUACCAGUCACUCACCUUGCCACGCUCAUAUGGGGUAAGUUUCCUAAAUGUUAUCAUGAUUAUGGAUGUUCGAAUUUAUGUAUAAGUUGAACCUAAUUUGAUCUUUUAUCAACAUUUCUUGUCUGAUUCAUACACCAUUCAGAGACCCUCACACCGUGCAAAAGUUCAUGGGCCAGGAUAUGAUCCCUUUGAGGUGAAUUUUGUUUUUAAUUUAAUUAUCAUUCAUUUAUUUUUACUUGCUGUUAAUAUUAAUUUUUUAGUUUUAACCUUUUUUUAACAGACCUUUCCUGCAUUUCGCUCCAGUAAGCAAGCGUAAAGAAUUUGAUACAAAUCACUGUAUAAUUUUGUCCACUUCAGGGCUCCUAGAAAUGGUCAGUGCCUUUGUUUACAGGAAUGCAGGAAAGAUCUAUUAACAGCUACUUAUCCUUGAUAAAGUGAAAAUUUACUUGAUUCCUGGUAAAUAGUGCUCUUUGUUUCUCUUCUGUUAAAUUUUACAAGUAACUCAGUAAUUAAUCUAAACUAUUUGUUUUCAACAGUCAUCAGCACAUUCUUACAACCCUGGAGAUGUUAGGACUUAUGAGGUAGGUGAUGAUGCUCAUAUUUCAUCUCACCACUAUUACACUACAGACAUUGAGGGGUGGGGGGAGGGGGAGGUGACAUCGCUACACUACAGGUCAUUACAUGAAACAUUGUUCAGGCAAUUAAGUUAAUCACUGAAUGAAGUCAGUGCCGCUGAGCAGCCCUUGGUGACUGUCUGUUGUCGUAACUUGGAUAACUGGCAUGAACACCCUAAAGCUAUGGAUUAAGAGCAGAGCCUAGUUAGUUAUCAUCAACAAUCCUACUUUAAUAGCGAGAAAAUUAAACUUUUUAAGCCAAAUCUCACACAGUAUGUUUUAUGUUAAUCCUCCUUACUGUAAAGCUUUGCGUUUUGAGCACAGACUUUGUUAUGGACAUGACAGUCCUUCUUUUAAGAAGGACUAUCCUAAAGGUCCUAAAUGUUACUCUUGUGCAGUGUGAGGUUCUGUGAAUGGUGUAUGAAUCAGACAAAAAAAUGUUUGAUAAAAGAUCAAAUUAGGUUCAGCUCAUACAUGAAUGUAAACAUUUAUAAUUAUCAUAACAUUUAGGAAACUUACCCCAUAUGUUUUAAAAAACAUGUUACUAGUGCAAAGCUUUGAGAGGAAGGUGAAUUGUUUUCGUACCAGGCCAUUUUUCAUUCACUUCUAACUCCCUCUCACUUUAACAUGUGGCCUAGAUAUAAUAUGAUGUAUAUUUUUGAGUGGCUAUAAUCGGGUGUGCACUACAUGUUAACUCUGUGUUUAUAACUGGUGCAUAAGAAAUUUGAGGCACAAGAUACCAUACAUAAGCUAUGCAUGGGAGAGAGGAAGACAUUGACAGGAGUUAGAGAUCCUUCUCGGCUUACACACCUAAUAUUAUUAUUCUUCUGCUGCAGGCAUUACUAUAUUUUUGCAUUCCAUGUUUUUCAUGUGCCUGUCCCACUGGCUAGCAAUGAACUGUAAACCAUGGCAGUUUUCCCAUCAAGACUAACUCUUAAUUGUAACAUUAUUAUCAAUUUUCUAUUACAGACAAGAGCACAAAGGAGGACCCAGCGGAAGAUUGUGUAGGCCUCAUGUUAGCUUCUCACUUGCUUUCUUGUUUACUUUUUACUACUUCAGCGUGCUGCCAGUACAAGGGUUCAACCCAGACGAAGCCAAAGGAACAAACAAGGCCGUUCACUUCCUGUUAUUCCACAUGGUUCAAAUGAGGCAAAUUGUUAAUGUCCACUGGAAAAAAUUCUGUAUUAGUUUGAGGCCAUCAGUGGCAUUUUCUUUUAGAUUUGUGGGGUUAUUUUAUCAAGAACAUCCUGUGAAGUGAAUUCAGGAUUCAUUACUUCUUAUUUUAACUGAGCUGAGAUCAGAGUCUAUAUUAUUGUUUAACUUGGCAAAUAUAAUUCAGCAGGAAAGGUGAAACAGAUUUCACUUUCCUCCUAAUCUCAGGUUUGCUAGUUUUGUCUACUGAUAAGUGGUCAAAGGAGUAUUGCUAUAAAACUCUGGUUUUCAGCUAUUUGCCCAAACUGCAAAACUGUCCAAACACCAUUUUUGCUUUGGUACUGCUUUGGUGCUAAUCUAGAAUGACCACCAUUAAGAGCUAGUGUUGGCUACUAUGCCUAAAAGUGAUGAAAACUAAUCAAUUGUGAGGCCCCAAUAGAGGGGGAGGUAUGUCAGAGGGUACCCAAUGGCAAUUUUUGGAAAAUAUCUGUUUGGAAGAUGAUUGGAGAUCUAGAAUUUUAGGAACAUUUGUUGUAAAAUUUCUUGCUUGCCUGCCUCUCCUAGGAUUUUCAAACAUCUAAAAAAUGGUAUAAUUGCCCAUUUUAAAGGGAUUUUUACCCUAAGAAGGUCACCUAGAAUUCUCGGGAGCCUUCUUUCUGGCUGAAAUUUUCGAAAAGGUAAGUUUCGAUCAUUAUAAUUUUCGGAUCACUAGACUUUCAGCAAGGAAAUCUGAACAGAUGAAAAAUUUUUAGGGGACAAAAAUAUGCCUAUAUCUACUGUUUAAAUGCUAAAAUACGUUCAACAAUGCUAUAUGUAAGUGGUUUUGAACUAUAUUCUCAUUGGGUGCCCCUGGUAUGUCCCUAGUCUGAAUUUCAAAACCCAUCAUUUUGCAUGUUGAAGAGGAAGCCAUGUCCUUUUCAGCAUUUUACUUUUGUAUUUUGUACUUGCUUUUGUUGCUGUCCCAAUUUCAACCCAUCUUGAUGUUAUUUGUUACCAUCUAAUCUGACUUACCAGUAUGUUGCUCUUCCAAAGUCCUGUCGCUUGUCAGAAUUUUACCCUAUAGCAUGGCCUCAUUUGCUAUUUAACUGCCUUUUUCUCCUACCCGGUAAAUAUAUGUGAAAUUUAAUAGUCAUUCAAGAAUCUCUGGGAUGCAAAAAUACAUUUGAGUUUCACCUAGAAAAUGAGAUUCUGGAACUUUUUGGAGGGUUUUACAAAAUCUUCUGUUAAACAAGCAACCCCUUUGUUUCUAUAGAGAGGGUGUCCCCUGGGGUCAAUGGGAUUUCUAGUGGUUUAGAUGAAUUGAAUGGGGAUGGAUUAAAUACAAUGUACCUUGAGGCGGGGCUGCCACUAGGAUUUCUCCUGGUUAUUAUGAGCACGAUCCCCAGCUACUUUGAGAGGAAACAAAAGGAAAAUUAAAUAGAACAUAAAGAACUUCCUACAGGUAGCUUUUCAAUAAAUUAUUUUGCCGUCUUGUUAUUGCAUAAUUAUACCCAGAAACUUGAAAUCUUAGUGACAUCCCUGUUCAGGUUGUCUCCAUUUGUGUAACAGAAUUUGCCCAAUGGCAAGCGGUUGUUAGCACAAUAGUAUAAAACUGUGUAGGAAGAAUAAAAUCGAUAAAAUUGCUGUAGAUUUUCUUCAAGAAGCAGUUACAUUUAUUGUAUCAGCUACAUGCACGCCAAACUUAGUAGAUG